CAAUAAAGAGGAGCUUCGAUUUGGAUGAGCCAUCCCGCAAUUCCUCCCUCCCCAAGAAGCUUCUGGGUCCUCUCCUGUUCAAAAUGGGUGGCAAACACGGAAGCUUUGCCGUUCUCCUGUGCGCCGCGGCGGUGCUGCUCGCCGCUGCUCCGGCGGAGUCGGAAAUCGGAGUGAACUGGGGCACCCGCUCCCUCCACAAGAUGUCGCCGGCCACGGUGGUGGAUCUGGUCAGGGGCAACGGGAUACGGAAGGUGAAGCUGUUCGAGGCGGAUCCGGAUGUGCUCGCGGCGUUGAUGGGCAGCGGGAUUGAAGUCAUGGUCGGAAUCCCAAACGAAAUGCUGGCAACCGUUGCGUCUUCUCCGUCCUCCGCGGAUCUGUGGGUUUCCCAGAAUCUGACCAGAUACAUGGUUAAAGGUGGCGUUGAUAUCAAGUAUGUAUUUCUCUGUUCGUUGCCUACCACCUGUUUGAUCUUGGGUCUGAGAGAGACAUUUCUACCUGUUUUAGCAAUAGCCUUUUUAAAGUAUGUUGCGGUUGGGAACGAACCUUUCCUCGCCAGUUAUUCUGGUCAGUACCAGUCCGAUGUUCUCCCGGCUAUGACAAACAUACAACAAUCUUUAGUCAAAAGAAAUCUUGCAGGGACCAUAAAGCUGGUGGUACCGUGCAACGCAGAUGCCUAUGAGUCUCCCUCCUUGCCAUCACAAGGUGGCUUCCGACCCGAAUUGACCCAAAUAAUGACCCAACUCGUUUCCUUCCUCAACUCUAUAGGUUCGCCAUUCAUCGUCAACAUAUACCCAUUCCUCAGCCUCUACGGAAACUCCGACUUCCCUCAAGACUAUGCGUUCUUUGAAGGGACAACCCAUCAAGUAGUGGACGGCCCAAACAUCUAUUACAAUGCCUUUGAUGGGAACUUUGACACUUUAGUAUCAGCCCUCUCCAGAAUCGGGUAUGCCCAAAUGCCCAUAGUCAUAGGGGAGGUGGGUUGGCCCACUGAAGGAGCCCUCAGUGCCAACCUAACCGCCGCAAGAGCUUUCAACCAAGGACUAGUGAACCGUGUCCUUAGAAACCAGGGGACCCCUCUGAGGCCUGGGGUCCCUCCUAUGGACGUUUACCUUUUUAGCCUCCUCGAUGAAGACGGGAAAAGCAUUCUUCCUGGAAACUUCGAGAGACAUUGGGGAAUAUUCUCUUUCGAUGGGCAAGCAAAGUAUAGACUGGACCUGGGCAACGGUCUUUUGAAGAACGCCAAAGAAGUAAAUUAUCUUCCAUCAAGAUGGUGCAUUGUGAAACCUGAUAGAGAUCUUUCAGCUGCAGAUAACCACUUCAGGACUGCCUGUAGCUUUGCCGAUUGCACGACCCUAGACAAUGGUGGGUCGUGUAAUGGCAUUGGGCAAAAAAGGUAAACAUAUCUUACGCGUUUAACAGUUAUUAUCAGCUGCAAAAGCAGAAUCCGCGAAGCUGUGAUUUCGAUGGGCUUGGGAUGGUCACUUUCUUGGACCCUUCAAUCGGUGAGUGUAGGUUCCUUGUUGGGGUCAGCGAUGCAAAAUCUUCAGGUUCGAGGUCACAAAGCAGGUGGGUUAUAGCCAUAAUGAUGACUUUUGGGUAUUUCUGGUUAUCUUUUAUGACCUAUGGAUUUUUCUAGCGGAGAUUGGAAACUUGGUAUAGCUCCUAAAACAUGAAAGAUACUGCACAGAGAUUAGUACAAGAUUAGAAGUCAGUUCCAGGUCUGGUUGUACAAGAUGAUGUUUGUCUGAUUGGGUAUUGAAUCGAACUAUAGAUUAUGAUUUGUGAUUUGGGAUGAACAAAAGCUAAAUUCCAGCAUGUAAAUUAUUGUAUUAUUGUAGAAUCCAAACACUAUGCAUGUUUGUCUUCUGCCCUAGACUUGAUGCAGUGUGUUGUACUGAACUAAAGAUUCAAGAUUUUG